GAUAAUUAAUUAUUAGAUUUUAUUGAUUGCAAUACCUAUUACAUUAAAGGCCUUCUGAGCGUUUGUUCAAUUGUUAUUCAAGAAAGAAGUAAUUUCAUUGGAAUACCCAAGGAAAUGACUAUCGAUUAACCUGCAAUUUCCGAACAUAUCACCACUUUCACCUGCAUUUAUCGACGAUACACCUGUCAAUCCCACCCACUGUUUCACAACACAGAAAGCAGUUGAAUUUUGUGAGUUCCAUGAACGUCCAAAAUUAUAACAAGUUCAUGGUCUAAUUUUCGCCGCCUUCUUGUAAGAUGAUAAACAAUUCCGUCCAUUCGCUAUAAAUAUACAAAUAAAAAUGAGUGCGAAUAAUAUUUCCAAGAACGAAGCUCAAACUGAAAGUCCCUUAGCACAGUCUACUCCGUCGAAGUCUUGGGUGCAAUUCGAGGAUGAAACUUUGGAAAACAAAAAUAGCGAAGCAGCUGUGAUACCUACAGAAAAUGUUCAAGUACUUGAAAGGAGUCUUAGUAAACCAUCAUCUCCAGGAAUAAGCAAUAACAUAGCUGUUUUAGAUCCUAAACCUCUGAGAAAUGUUGAACUACCUGUUGCUACUGUUGAACCUAUAAGACAGGGUUUUGUGAAUGGUGAUGUUAUUGUCACUCUGCUUCCUGUAAAUACUAAAUUUCCAUGGGUAACACCAGCAAGAUUCCGUCCAGAGUUGGUGCCAGAAGAAUUAAUGGCACAGGGCUUAACGCUAACAGUGGAAGAGUAUGUCCAAGCCAUGGAACUAUUGGUGAAUGAUUACAGGUUCACAUUAUAUAACGUCUGUUACAAAAGAGUUCUUGUUGUAUGGAUUCUGUUGGCAUUUCUAGUAUUGUUUGCAUUACUAUUCUCUAAUCAAAAUGGACCUGUUCUUUUUAUCAUGGGUAUAGGCUGGCUCCUACUGAAUGCAGCUGCUAUAAUUUUAUCGAUGUGGGUAAAAUUCAAACUGACUAGAAAUUUGGAAAAAUGUCUUGCUCAGGUGAACAAGCAGCUUUUAAGGCAUAAAAUUGUCAUCGCCCUUGAUGAUAGGGGAAAGAUAUCGUGUCACAAGGUGAAUUUGUGCUUUUUGUACAUGGAUUCAGCCCCUUGCAUCAACCAUCUUCAAUCUAGCAUCGACCAACAAGAGAGAGAUCAGAAUAGUGGUUGGGAGCAGAAGAUGGAUAUAACAGCAAACGACAUUAUUAUUCAGGGAAGCAGGACUACCAGGUUGUCAAGAAAACAGGAGAGAGCGACCCUAUUAUACCUGCGAUACAUCGCUAGGUGGGGCAAAGAGGUAGUCCGCGGAUACCUAGUAAGUCCACCUGCUAAGGGAGGUCGUCACUGUCAUUCUCUCACCUGUCCCUGUCAAUUUAUAGACGAGCAUCUAUACUGCAAACCUCCAGGAAAUGGUCAAAUUUUUUUGAGGAUUUCAGAUGAAAAAGCCUCAGUUUUCAAUUUAAUUUUCAUGAUCCCUUUAUCUUCAAUUCCUGGAAAAUUUCCCGUUAACAUUUUACUUCCUGCCAUUUAACUAACAUUUUUCUAUUUAGGUAUAUGUUGCAAUUUAUUGAUAACAAAAAUUUUUUCUGGUUGGGCAAGCUGAAAGCGUGAUAAGCACAUGUCAACUAAACUCAAAAAACAGUAUUCAAUGCAAUAUCAGUAUUUUUUUUAAUUCAAUGUUUUCUUUACUGUAGCGGCAGUAUAGUCUAUCAAUACCCAAAUGUUGAUAUAAUUCCACCCUGUAUAUUCUUCAGGACGCUCACAAUAAAAAUACUGCUUUGUAACACUUUCAUCAAAUUUUUCAAUUUGAGGAACAAUUGAGGUAUUUUAAAGUACUUAAUCGUCAUUAAAAUUUUUUCUUAGUUGGCAAUUGGAAAAAACAUUGUACUGACUUUUGUGAAAAUAACUUUACAUUAUUCAAACUAUUGUUUUAUAUUAGUAUUAAGCCCUUAAACUGAUUGAAUCCGUCCAUUUUUCUUGUUGUGCAUAUUUUAAUAAAAUUUUUAAUGUUUA